AAGAUUUGAUCAUGUGUUUUGGUAAUCUCUUUAACAAUUUCUGGGGAAGUGAUUACCACGUUGGAGGUUUCUCCAAGUUGAAGAUGCAUCAAGGGUCCAUACUUAUUUGCAAGGUCUCUGAGACGGCGAUGGGGUAGUGAUCCUACAAGUUGGUGGAUGUUUCCUAUAAGAGGCAACUUGGGAGGUCCUGGAGGUAAGGGUUUGGAGGAUUUUCUGGAAUUUGAGAGUUUGCGUAUCAGAAAGAGGAAGCAGAUGAAGAUUCAAAUCCCAUACACUAUCCUCUUCGCCAUCUCUUUCUUCUUCCUUGUAAUGCUGAAGAAAUCAACCUCCAAUAAAUCCUUCAAAACCCUACCUCCAGGGCCAUCCAAAUUACCUAUCAUCGGCAACUUACACCAACUUGCAGGAUCAAUACCCCAUCGUGCCAUGAGAGAUCUAGCCAACAAAUAUGGAUCCUUCAUACAUCUUCAACUUGGAGAGUUGUCCCAUGUUGUUGUCUCUUCCCCAGAAAUAGCCAAAGAGAUCAUGAAAACACACGAUACAACGUUUGCAAAUCGACCUGCUCUUGUUGCCACCACACUGAUUUCCAAUAACACAGACAUAGCCUUUUCUCCUUACGGAAACUAUUGGAGGCAACUUCGGAAGAUUUGUACUCUGGAGCUUUUGUCUGCAAAGAGGGUCCAAACUUUCAGAACAAUAAGGGAAGAAGAGGUUUCAGCACUCGUGAAGAAUAUAUCAGAACACGAAGGCUCCAUUGUUAAUCUCAGUGAGAAGCUUUACGAGCUCACGAAUUUCAUAACUGCUCGAGCAGCUUUUGGUGCAAAGACAAAGAACGUUGAAGAAAUCCUAUCACUAAUGAAACGUACUCUGGAGUUGGCAAGUGGUUUCUCAGUUUCUGAUCUUUACCCUUCGCUCAAAAUCCUUCAAGUGAUCACCGGCAUAAAAGCUAAAAUUGAUAGCGUGAACAAGGAGCUUGAUAUGAUGGUGAGGAAUAUCAUCAACGAUCACAAAGAAAAGAACCAUAGUCAUGCUGGUAAAACAGAGGAUUUGGUCGAUGUUCUUCUGAGGAUUCAAAAGGAAAAUACCCUUGAGAUCCCUUUGACUCAACGCAACCUCAAAGCUAUCAUAGCGGAUGUUUUCCUUGGUGGAACUGAAACAUCAGCGUCAACCGUAGAGUGGUCAAUGUCAGAACUUCUUAGAAACCCCAGCAAAAUGAGAAGGGCACAAGAAGAGGUAAGAAGGAUUUUCGGAAGCAAAGGAUACGUAGAUGAAUCAGAAUUUCGUCAUUUGAAAUAUGUAUCUGCAGUUAUAAAAGAAACUUUGAGGUUACAUCCGCCUUUGCCACUGUUACUUCCAAGAGAAAAUAGUGAGAGCUGUGAGAUCAAUGGUUAUAAAUUGCCUCCCAAGACUAGGGUCAUCAUCAAUGGUUGGGCAAUCGGAAGAGAUCCAAAGUAUUGGGAUGAACCAGAAAAGUUUGAACCAGAAAGGUUCCUGAAUGCCUCAAUAGAUUACAACUUUAAAGGGACAGAGUUCGAGUACAUCCCAUUCGGUUCUGGAAGAAGGAUAUGCCCUGGAGUCUCAUUUGCUACAGUUCUUGUUGAAAGUAUGGUCUGCAAUUUGCUUUAUCACUUUGAUUGGAGACUUCCUAAUGGGUUAGAGCACGAAAAGUUGGACAUGACAGAGAAUUCUGGUGCUACGGUGAGAAGGAAAAACGAUCUUUGCUUGAUUCCAAUAAGAUAUUGCCCUUAAAUAAUAAGUCUGCAUCAUGAUUAAUCAAUUACAGUUUUCUUUUUUUUGGUUCUUCGUUUGUCAUCUUAUGGUGGAUUGACAAAUAUAGCGGGAUACCUACUUUGUUCUGCGCUUUGGAGUUGUUGGAGAAUAAAUUAAGUUUAUUUAAAUGU